CACAAGCUAUGUGAAGAAAACACACCACUUGAAAUGUCAAAGUAUUGCGCAACAAAAGUCUAGUUCACAUCAUAAAACUUUAAAAUUAGAUUUUCGUCGAUAGUUUUGAUUCUUAUUCGAGUUUUCAUACUAAAAAUCAACGUAAUUGAUUACACAUUACUUGAAUCAUAUUUAGAGCAACGAAAGUUCUGAAAAGUGCUGAAAACGUUAAGCAACGAUGACCGACAGCGUGUUUGAAGGAAAAAACCAAUUACCUCGCAGCAAUUCCGAAAAGUUCUACCUCGAUUCGAAUUUGGCUGAUGUAAAAUUUGUGUUCAACGCUGGAACUGAUCAUGUUGAAUAUAUCCAAGCACAUAAAAUGAUCCUGUCUAUUGGCAGUUCGGUGUUCGCUAACAUGUUUUAUGGUUCAUCGACCAAACAAGAUGAUGUUCCAAUUGACGACGUGUCUGCUGUGGCAUUCAAGGAAUUUUUGCAAUUUUUCUAUUUAACCACACUUCGACUUACGUCCAAACACAUCGCCGACGUUAUCAAUUUGUGCAAAAAGUAUAAGCUAGUAGGGGUGCUGGCAAUCUGUGAGGCUGCAUUGCGAAAGUCACUCACCAUCGACAACAUGUUCUCUGUCUAUGCUAUAGCCAUUCAUUACGAGCUUACGAACACGAUCUUCUUUUGCGAGAUGCAAAUGGUACAAAAUGCGGAAGCAAUUUUGGAAUCAACGAAUUUUUUAACAUGCAAACGCGAUCUGAUUGAUCAUGUAACUCAGUUGGUGACACCGGAACUGGAAAUGAAACUGAAAGUCGGCAGUGCAUGGGUGAUUGUUAAUGCAUACAUGGCAUGGGCAAAAGCCGAAUGUGGACGAAACAAUCUGGAAAAAACCACAGCAAAUCUCAGGGCACAGCUGGGACAAUCAUUUGCUAAUAUUCCAUUUGUUGAAUUGAGUUCCAUGCGUUUCGAACAGUUUUUGACUAACUACAAUGGUUUUUUAAGCGAAUCAGAUGUGCGACGAUUACGACAACAACGACGACUACGACAACAACGGAAACGAGAACGAUUUUGAAUUGGAUUUUAUGGAUUUUGAUGGUAAAUUUGAUAAGCCGGAUUAUGACAUAAAUUAACCAUUCCAGUAACAAUGAUUGAAAAAAAAAUACUCGCAAGGAAUAGGUUCUACUCAUAAAUGUAAACACACACACUUUUCUACUCAAUUGAAAUAAGUCCAAAGUAUCAUAGAAUUAGUUGAUUACAAUCACUUCAAUUAAAGAUUCAAAAUAUGUCAAAGAAGAUCAUUCAUCAAAU